AUGGUCGAAUCGAGUCUACGUAAGAAAGCAUCUUUCAGUUGCGAUCGGUGCAAACAGAAAAAGCGCAGGUGUGUGCGCCAAGGGGACGGCAACAUCGUGGUUUCGCUAGAUGUCGCGCAGGCCUGUACUGAAUGCAUCAAAUCAAACAGUAUUUGUCAUACAAGUUUAAUUAAUCGGAAACAGUAUGCCUCAAGAUACAAGUGCCAACUUCUAGGAAACUCAAACAUCAGUUCUGACAAAACAGGUCCUAUUGAAAGCAUUCUACUUCAGACUUUGAAGAAGCUUGUCCCCAACAUAGAACUUGAAUCUGACGCAGACGUUAUCGGUCUUGCAAAAGCAGUAGGAGUGAACGUUGAUGGUAUCAUGCAACAAAAACUCGCAACACAGUCAUUCUUAGUGGACAGUUUGGGCCAUGUUGAUAUUCAACAGGAACAAAUCGUUAAAGAUGAUAACGGUGAUCCGCGCCUGCUUGGUUCGCUGGGCACUCCUGCAAUCCAUCACAACAUAUUAGAGCUAAUCCAAAAACCAAGAAAUCCCGAAUUUAGGUCACAAGCAGCCUCAAAUAUGCUGGAAUCUCCUCAAGUAUCUCUGAGCUCGAACUUUUCAAUUUCCGGACUAAUUGAUAAAGCCGGAGCGGUUCGCUACGCAGAUAUAUUUUUCGAAAACGUCAACAAUGUCUUUAUAUGUGUCUGCAGAUCAGAGUAUGAAGAACUUGUGCAGAAAUCAUGGCAAGGUGAGACUCUGUCUUCGAUUCAAAGUUUCCUCGUGCUGCUGGUUUGGUUACUUGGUAAACUGUUCAUUAUAGAGAAAGAGCUCGACACCAAUGACAGGCUUAUGAGUAUUUAUAAAGCAUUUCGCGAUCACAUAGUUGGACAGAUUAGUGUUAAGUGCAGCAUAAUCGGAAUCAGAGUGCUCGUGCUGAUAGCCAUCGUCUCAGAAAGUGUCGAGGAAAGAAAUUUAGCCUGCAACUUGUUUAAAAUAGCCGCGGUUCAAGCAACAUCAGUUGGAAUUCACAGAGAUGUCUUUCAUCAAGAAGUUCCUAGGCUACAAAAGGAAUAUUCUGAACUGUGGUGGACGAUAUUUAACAAUGAAGUGCGCUUGAGCAAUAUAAUGGGACGAUCAAGCUCUAUUGAUUUAGAUGAUGUUACGAUAAGUGCUAACUUUAAAUCACAUCAGCUAACAAGCAACGUUUGUUUUUACGAAUCAUCCAAAUUGCACCAAAUUUUGUAUCAGUUUCUCAAAUUUAAGGCUUGCAACCUCCAGAACUCGUUGAUCCUGAGUUCUCCCGACGCAAUAGAGAAAGCUGUGCAACUAAGACAAAAACUUCUAACUUGGAGAAGAAGUCUUCCCGAAAAUUUGGGAGAUAUUUUCAAUUCUAAGCUUGGAGAACUGUCGUAUCCCCAAAUAUUCCUGCACCUGGAAUAUCACUAUUGCUACAUCAAUGUGGGGGUUCCCUUCUUAUUAUUGAUACUGCGAGCAGUCAACAGUGGAAAAACCAUUCAGAUCUCGAAAGACGAUCCGAUUCUUCAGCUUGCUGUUUCUUCCAUCAACUGUUCCAAACAGCUCUAUAACAUUGUUGAGUACGAAUUUGAGAACAAACUAUUCAAUGGAUCGGUUCAUACCGACCUCUACAUACUAUAUCAUGGGGUUUUAGUGCUCACGAUAGCAUCGAUACUACUAAAGUCUGACAAGUGCGGAAACAUUGUGGACACAGAACUGCUCGACAGAACAUUUGGUAUCAGCUUCGAUAAAUUGUGGGAAGUCCUAGGAAAAAUAAGGAAGCUCAACGACAAUCUAAAAGCCUACUGUUUUGGAUCUGCUGCUAUGGCCUGGAAUUUGAUUGAUUCACUCUUGCAAGACCUAGAGAGCUUUCUAAAUAGAGAAUGUGAUGACUGGGGUAGCAUGUUGCAAAUUGAACAGAACUUUUACGACCCAUUGAGCAUGUUCAACAUCAGCACAGAUGGACUUUUAGAAUUUUUGAGUACACCGGCAAACGAAGGAUUUGACUUUAGGGUAGCCGAUGUUGUUAGGUAAUCAAAUUUCAAUUUCACCUCUAGCUAUUUUGUAGAACAGGUCUUUAAGUACAAUCUUGGCAUCCUCUGGAUCAUCAAUGACAUUGGAUUCAAAGAAGUUGUAUCUUCCCCGGGGUCCCAGACUGUGAAUCUUAUUAUAAAGCUCUGUCGCUGCAUCAGAUGUCACUCUUUUAAUUCCUGCUGUUUGAAGUGCAAAAGCAUCUACGACCCACUGCUUUUGUUCCUCUUUGGAAGGAAGACUAUUAGCAUUGGACCAG